CCCAUUCUCUCCUCAUCCAGCUCAAUAGACUCCAUAACGUCCAACGACCAGCACCCACUUCAAAGAUAGUUAUGCAGAUUGCUUGCUUUGGCAUUUUUCCAGAUUUGGAUCGGAAAGAAAUACAUUUUCCAAAGGUUAAGAAAUGGGAGACUGGUCCAUUCUUGGUCGCUUCUUAACGGAGGUUCAGAACCACUCCACGGUGAUCGGCAAGAUCUGGCUGACCAUGCUCCUCAUCUUCCGCAUCCUGCUGGUGACCCUGGUGGGGGACGCAGUGUACAGCGAUGAGCAGUCCAAGUUCACCUGCAACACCCUGCAGCCUGGUUGCAACAACGUCUGCUACGACACCUUCGCCCCAGUCUCACACCUGCGUUUCUGGGUCUUCCAGAUAGUGCUCGUCUCCACACCGUCUAUCUUCUACAUUGUCUAUGUGUUGCACAAGAUAGCCAAGGAUGAGAAGUUAGAGCCUGAGAAGAUCCAUGAGGUCGCCAAGCCUCCUCCUGCACGUGAAAGUCUCAAACAUGUAGGGGUGGAGGAUGGGGAUUCCCUGGAGGCCAGCAACCGCUCCUUCAACCCCUGCUAUGAGAAGGAGUGGGGCGCCCGAGAGGGGGGGUAUGUGGAGCAGAGCCUGCAGGAGGAGGACUUGAGGGAGGUGGGGAAGGAUCCCACCGAGCUGUCCAGCCAAGUGCUGCUGACCUACAUCAUCCACGUGGUGCUGCGCUCCAUCAUGGAGAUAGCCUUCCUAGUGGGCCAGUACUACCUGUUUGGCUUUGAAGUGCCUCAACUGUUCCGCUGUGAGACCUACCCCUGUCCUAACUGGACUGACUGUUUUGUGUCUCGUGCCACGGAGAAGACCAUCUUCCUCAACUUCAUGUUCAGCAUCAGCCUGGGAUGCUUCAUCCUGAACAUUGUGGAGCUGCACUACCUGGGCUGGGUCUAUAUUUUCCGUGUGCUGUGCUCUGCCUGCUCUACAUGCUGCGAGCCAGAGAGGGACCCAGUGGAACUUGUGGACCUGUAUCACAACCACAACCCUCUGCUUCUGCAGCUCAAACACUCCCUACGAGGCAGGGUGGUCCUGCAGACCUCCCCUCCCAUGUCCCAGGAGAAGAGCAGUGGUGUGUUGCCCACCCACACCCCGGCCAUCUCCUUUGAGACUGACUCCACAGUAGAGUGCACCUCCAAGAGAAGCCCAGAUGAGAAAGAACGCACUAAGGCCAAACUGGCCAACAUAACUAAAAUAGGCAGAGGCAAGAAAUCCUGGCUGUGAACUGUCAAACUGUGUAUUUUUUCUUUCCGUUGAAUAUUCUUAUUUUGCUUCUUCCAAUCAACUGAAGAUGGAUUACAGUUGUUUACAGUAAGACUGCAAAAGUAAUAGUCCUUUGAGUCUUUUGCAGUGAAUCUUUAGAAAUUCCAUAGGAGUACCCAUAGCCAGCAAAAGCAUUGAAAACUGGAUGUGCUCACAUUUCUGUGUGUACAUGGGUAGAAAUGAUCAACUUUAAUAUGUAACCACUUUGGUGACUUGGUCGUUCCACCAAUUAGGUGCCGUUUGAGUAUUGAAAAAAAAUGAGAAGUUUUAUUUCACCUAAUUUUAACAUUCUAUCAUAAAGAGCACAUGUACAGCCUAAUGAAAAACCCAUUUGCCCAUUUCAGUAGGUUACAUAAAACAAACGACUAUAGUAUGUGCCUAAUAAGUGCCAAAUAAAGUAACAAGGUUGACCGUAACAGGGUGGUGAUUUAAUCUUAAAUCAGCAAUAAAUCCCCUUGUGACAGGGGGAAUGGAAGCUUGUUGUGUGCAACAGGGAGGGGCAAUUGAAUGCAAGCUUCACCAAAAAUUUUUAAUUGUUAAAUCAUUUCUGGCCUACCUAGGGGUAUUAGGAUUGAUGUGUUAUGCUGGACCUGCUUGAUUUUCCACCACAAAACACCAGAAAAUGGUCAUAAAGAGUAGAACUGGCAUUUACACAAUGAUUUGACUAUGAGAUCAUGUUCAGUGUCUCUUUUGAAUAGUUUAACCAUACUCAAACAGUCCAGUUGAGAUAACAGGGUUGACCUAAAAAAAUAUAAUCUUAAAAUGAAUCACUAAUGACAUAAAAUAAAUAAUACUCUUCAGAAAUGACUUUUCUAACAUAACCAGGGCUUUAUAAUGAUGGUGAAAACUUGGAGAAAUGUUGUGGUUAAGUGGGUUAAAAAUCUUUAAAAUCUUCCUAAAAGUCACAGAGGAUGCACAGAGGCACUUUAGUAAGUCUUGAAUUCAUAUACAAAAUCUGAUUGAUUUAAUUUUCCAUGUGGUCUAUGUUACAGGGCACUUCAUUAAAUAUAACAGGCUUUUAUUUGUGCAAAACCUUUACUUAGAAUGUCAAAGUGAUGCAGAAAGCACUAAUAUUGUUGAACGACCCAACUAUUCAUAUCACAUCUAUAAUUUAACCAAUGAAAUGGUUUCAAAAGGAAAUUAUACUUGCCACAAUUUCAACAUAUAUAAUAUACAUUUAAAUAAACAUUUAAAAACUUUAAAAAAUUUUUUUUUAUCAAGUUAUUAUUACAAAAGUGUUUUGUUGGCAGUUUUUGUCAUAAAAUAUUCUUCUUAGUUACACUACCAGUUUUACCUCAUGCUAAUAUCUAGAAAAUCUAAGAGAAGAUUAGAAGAUUAGAAGAUUACUUUAGUAACUUUAACAAGGUAUCUUGAGAGCAGGUGAGUGAGCGAAUACCAGGAGUGUGCAAAGCUGUCAUCAAGGCAAAGGGUGGCUAUUUGAAGAAUGUGUUAUUUCAUCGUUUUGAUGUCUUCACUAUUAUUCUACAAUGUAGAAAAUAGUAAAAAGAAAGAAAAACCCUUGAAUGAGUAGGUGUGUCCAAACUUUUGACUGGUACUGUAUAUAAAAACAUUUUCCUUAAAGUAUAUUUUUAAGGGGGGUAUACAGAAUAUUUGGUAAAAGUUUAAGUCCAUAUUAUGGCAAGAACAGCUCAAAUAAGAAAAUAAAAACAAUGCAUCAUUAUUUUAAGAUCAGGUCAGUCAAGAUGGAACAUUUCAAGAACUUUGAAAGUUUCUUCAAAUACAGUCGCAAAAACCAUCAAGCGCUAUGAUGAAACUGGCAAUCACGGGGACCGCCACAAGAAUGGAAGACCCAGAGUUACC